AUGCUUCGCAGGCACAAACGCAGCUGGGUAUGGAACCAGUUUUUUGUCCUGGAGGAGUACACAGGCGAAGAACCUCUUUAUGUUGGCAAGCUCCACUCAGACGUGGACAAAGGGGAUGGCAAGGUGAAAUACGUGCUCUCAGGAGAGGGCUCCACCUCCAUCUUCACCAUCGACGAGAACACAGGAGACAUCCACGCCACCAAGCGUCUGGACCGGGAGGAGCAGGCCUAUUACACGCUUCAGGCCCAGGCCGUGGACCGGAUCACCAACAUCCCUGUGGAGCCCAGGUCAGAGUUCCUGGUCAAGGUCCAGGACAUCAAUGACAAUGAGCCCAAGUUCAUGGAUGGGCACUACAUGGCCGGAGUACCGGAGAUGUCAGCAUUGGGAACAAUGGUGGUCCAAGUGGCAGCCACAGAUGCAGAUGAUCCCACAUAUGGGAACAGUGCCAGGGUGGUCUACAGCAUCAUCAGCGGACAACCCUACUUCUCAGUGGAACCAAAAACAGGCAUCAUCCGGACAGCGCUGCCCAACAUGGACCGAGAGGUGAAAGACCAAUACGUUUUGGUCAUCCAGGCCAAAGACAUGGUGGGCCAGAUGGGCGGCCUUUCAGGCACCACCUCUGUCACGAUCACUCUCACCGACGUCAACGACAACCCGCCACACUUCUCUCGCAAGAACUAUCAGUACACUGUGCUGGAGUCCUUGCCUGUGGCAUCCGUGGUGGCCAGGGUCAAGGCUGUGGAUGCAGACAUAGGCCCCAACGCAGAGAUGGAGUAUAGGAUCAUUGAGGACGGACCUGGGUUGUUCAACAUCACCACAGAUGAGGACACGCAAGAGGGCGUCAUCAUCCUUCAAAAGCCGUUAGACUUUGAGACCAAGAACAGCUUUAAUGUGCGAAUCGAAGCCACCAAUCGGAACAUCGACCCUGCGUUCGUGCACCUGGGUUCGUUCAGCGACACAACGUCGGUCAAGGUGACGGUGAAGGACGUGAACGAGUCGCCUGUGUUCUCGACACAGCUCAGCAGGAUGGUGAUCUCUGAGGAUGCCAGAGUUGGCACCUCCAUCGGGAGGGUCUCCGCUCACGAUCCGGACACCUCCAACAGUGCCAUCAGGUACUCCAUAGAUAGAAACACAGACCUGGAGCGUAUCUUCAAUGUGGAUGCUCUGAGUGGGGUCAUCAGUACUGCCAAGCCCCUGGACCGAGAGGUCAACUCUGUCCACAACCUUACCAUACUCGCCAUGGAAAGCCAGGAUCCAACAAAGAUUGGAAAAGGUUUUGUGGCCAUCACAGUGCUGGACAUCAAUGACAACGCUCCGGUGUUUGCUAUCGCGUACGAGACCCUCCUAUGUGAGAAUGCAGCUCCUGGACAGCUAAACAACCAGGUCAUCCAGACCAUCAGCGCAGUGGACAAGGAUGAAUCUCCCAGUGGUCAUCUCUUCUACUUUGCCCUACCUGCGUCUGUGGUUAGCAACAGCAACUUCACUCUCCGAGACAACAAAGACAACACGGCGUCUAUCGUAACGAAACGUGGAGGGUUUCGUAGACAGGAGCAGAUGCUGUAUCGACUGCCCGUGUUGAUUGUCGACAAUGGAAGCCCUGCCCUCAGUAGCACCAACACCUUAUCAGUGAACGUGUGUGACUGUGACUCGGACGGUGUGGCCCAAUCGUGUGGAGCCAUGCCCUACACACUUCCUGCUGGCCUCAGUGCAGGGGCCCUGGUCGCAAUUCUGGGAUGCAUCAUUACACUGCUGGUGAUGGUGCUGAUGAUCAUGUCGAUGCGUCAGAGGAAGAAGGAGCCAUUGAUUCUGGAGGAGGAGAGGGACGUGAGGGAGAACAUCGUCCGCUACGAUGAUGAAGGUGGAGGAGAGGAAGACACGGAGGCCUUCGACAUGGUAGCCCUCCGCAACCUCAACGUCAUCAGAGACCCCAAGGUCCGGCGAGACGUCAUCCCUGACACCCACACCUUCUUCCCCUAUCCAACGUCCUCUUCCUCGCAGGCUGUCCACAAAACCCUGCCAGACAAUGUGGUGUUCAGAGAGUUCAUCUGGGACCGCCUGAAAGAUGCAGAUGUUGAGCCUUCAGCUUCGCCAUACGACUCUUUGCAGAUGUACGCCUUUGAGGGGAGUGGCUCGGUAGCUGAAUCCUUAAGCUCCUUGGAGUCGCUAAGUACAGACUCAGAGCAGAACUACGACUAUCUCAGCACCUGGGGGCCACGUUUCAAGAAGCUAGCCGACCUGUAUGGCAACAGCGACGGCAAUAGCAAUGGCAACAGCAUGUUGUCAUAGCCAAAACUUUCCUGAAUUUAGACAACAAAUAUGUUAUGAUAGUCUUGGGUGAGAGUCUGUGAAAACAAAGUGAGAUAGGAAAAAUACAAGUGACUUCAAAGGUUGGGUUUGUUUAUGUGCCUUGGAUUUUGGAUUUUCAAAAGGGGUGACUUGGCAAGUUUUGACAAGUCAUUUCAAAAGUGAGUUGACUGAAGAGCAAAAACAUUAAAAGGUUU